UCUCGGCUGAGCGAGCUGAGCCUGCUGCUCUGCCCAGGGCGGGUGGCUGUAGCGCUCCCCUGAGCCAGACUGCGGAGCCUCCCCUGCUUCCCCGAACGCUGAGACCCGCGACCCCAGACCCCGCCUUCUUUUGGCUCGGCCCGCGCGCCCCAGCCCGGUCCGGGGGGCGCGACGAUAGGAUGAGCGGCGGGAGGCGGAAGGAGGAGCCGCCUCAGCCGCAGCUGGCCAACGGGGCCCUCAAAGUCUCUGUGUGGAGCAAGGUGCUGCGAAGCGACGCGGCCUGGGAGGACAAGGAUGAAUUUUUAGAUGUGAUCUACUGGUUCCGACAGAUUAUCGCUGUGGUUCUGGGUGUCAUUUGGGGAGUGUUGCCAUUGCGAGGUUUCUUGGGAAUAGCAGGGUUCUGCCUGAUCAAUGCAGGAGUCCUGUACCUCUACUUCAGCAACUACCUACAGAUAGAUGAAGAAGAAUAUGGUGGCACAUGGGAGCUCACGAAAGAAGGGUUUAUGACAUCUUUUGCCUUGUUCAUGGUCAUCUGGAUUAUCUUUUACACUGCCAUCCACUAUGACUGAUGGUGAACAGUCUCCACCUGCUCCCUGUUGGUCCAAAGGACUCUCUUGGUUACAGCAUGAAACAUGAUGAGAGGGGCACCUCAGCCACAUGGAACCUGGAAGACCCCUGUUUCCUGGACCGAGAAUCUGUGUUGGGCAUCAGUGUUUUCUGCAAGGGUUGUGACCUGAAACUUUUUAAAGAACUAUCCACCUUUGGGAAGGCAUUUCUAAUUGUCCAUCACCAAUCAUUUCUUCUUGGAUACCAUCAUGAAACACUUGUUUGCAGAUUGAAGCUGUCAUUUAAUUUGAUGCAUCUCUGGAUCUGGAUGAAACAUUAAAUUGUCUUCCUCACUUCUCCAUCAGGUGUACAAUUUUUAAACUGUCAGUGGCAUUUCAAGUCUUCCAAAAAACAGUAUGGCAAUAUGUGUGUGGUCCAUAGCACAGAAUAAGCAGUAUCUGGUAACAAUUUCCAUUGUAGAAUGUUUUCACAUACUUGAAUAAAUCAGAUCUUUAAUUGA